UCUGUCUUAAAUUUACUUAUUUAGGAAUUCAACAGUAUCUUUUUGAAAAUGGCCGGAUUGAUAACAUUUUCACGGAUCCUUAUUACGAGAAGUUUACAGAAUGUUUAAAUGAAAUUUUGCAAAAACAAGAUCUGCCACCUUGUAUUGAAGGUGGUGCUGCUACAUUGAUUGAAGAAGAAAUAUUAUGGGAAUCAAAGCAACUUGGAGCUCAUUCACCUCAUGUUCUUCUUAACACAUUGAUGUAUUUUAACACCAAGUAUUUUAAACUGAAAACUGUCGAAGAUCAUGCACGUUUUUCAUUUACUCAUGUUACCAAACACUGGAAGAAAUCAACUUCUAAAGGAGGGACUCGUAAUGUUCUUCUUCGUUACUAUCCACCACUUAUUAAAGACUUUUCAAAGCGUCAUAAAGAUGAAAAUGCAGUUUAUGAGCAAGUAGAAAAUAUCUCAAAUCCAUUGAGAUGUCCUGUAAAAUUGUAUGAGUUUUACAUGUCAAAAUGCCCAGAGUGUGUUAAAGUGCGAAAUGACAUAUUUUACCUUUAUCCAGAAAGAUCAUGUGUCCCUGAUAGCCCUGUCUGGUAUUCAACGCAACCUCUUGGUCAAGAGAUCAUUGCCAAAAUGAUCCAGAGAAUCAAAAUUGUUCGAGAAAUAAAUGAAAAUUGAUUUCUCUGUUUUAUUUAUUUUAUGUACAUUUUCAUAUUAAAAUUAUAUUGAGGGUCUUUGCAAUUAAUCUAUUUAUAAAAGUUUUUAGGAUGUGGUUUCACAGGCAAUAAUUUUAUUGGCAAGUGUAACUAGGAAGUUCUUCUGACUGUGAAAUCAAUUUUUCUAAAAAAAAAUAUGAAUAAAUCUACUUAUUUAGAAAUACAUAGUAUUAACAAAGCUCUUUGCUAAUAUUUUUAAAUUCUUUGUUCACUAAUGAUGAACUACCGACGAAUUUGUGUGUGUUGAACCUUCUGAUGAAAUUUUGUAAAAUCUCAUAAACAGCACUGCAUUGUCUAUAAUAGAUUUCAAUAUCCUAUUCACAUUAAUUUAGAAAUGAAUUUUUUGACAUUAUGUUUUCCUAACUGAGCAAAAAUAUUUAUAUUUUUUGUGCAUUGCUGCUUUCAUAUAAUUCGAAUAUUUUAUUGUAAAACUUAAUCAGUUUUAUUGUAAAACUUAAUCAGUUUUACAAUAAAAUUCAGUCUGCACCGACUUGAAAUCUAACUUGAAAUAAGGGGAAAACAUAGUUGACUUUACACCUAAAAAAGAAAGCUAUAAAAUUAACUGCUAAAUUUCUGUAGGUGUAACAAAAAUUUUAAAAAAAAAAAAAAAAAAUGUCUUAGUCACCAAAGGCAAAUUUUCUUCUCAGGACUUGCUGCAAAAAGUACAAAAUUUAUUCUUUUAUAUUAUUCAUAAUAGUUCCUUCCCUGUACAAUAUUAUCUUUUCAGACAUUCCAGAAAUGAAGUUUAAGUAUAAUUUUAUUAAUUAUUUAUUUUGUAUUUAAUGUGACAGAUUCACAGUAAAAGUAGAAAUUUAUUUAGUUUUAUUUUAUGUUCUAUAUUUUUAUAAUUAAUUUCUGUAUAAUAAGUACAUUACAUUACUUAUUACAGAAAUUAAUUAUAAAAAUAUAGAACAUAAAAUCAUAAAACUGUGUUACAAAAAAAUUAUUCUGAAUAAAUUAAAUGCAGGUUUGCAUGUUAUUUUCAAAUUAAAUGAACAAAAAUCAUAUACAAAUCUAUAGGAAUUUCUUUCUUUUUGUAACCUUAUUAGAUCAAAAGAAUAUCUGCAUAGUGUUUGCCUUGCAAAACAUUGCAGCCUAUUCCAUGAAAUUAAUUAUAAUCGAAUUUUUUGCAAUGAGCUUGAUUGAGAAAGUCUGAAAAGUGGAGAAUUGGGUUAAACUUUUAAUUUUAAAUUUUGUCUUUAUGUGGAAGUAUAAGUACAAAAAAUGUGGUCUGGAUAUUGUUUCAAAAUAAAGCAGGAGACAUUUGAAAUUUAUAGAUUUUAACCAAGAGAACAUUAAACUGAAAAAUCAGGUUUCUGAGAUUUUUAAAAGAAUAUGAAAGGCCUUUUGAAAGGAGUAAUAUUUGUAUCACACUAAAAUAACUAAAAAUAUGACACUUCUUUUCACAGUAAAAUGAUUUUUGGAAUUACUUGUAUUCUGACCUAGUUUUUCAAGAAUGAAAUUUUCAUCAGUUCUGUUAAACCUUUUGUUAAAUCUGUAUGUAUUGACAGCCAAGAUAUGCUUGGUUUCACUUUUUAUAUCUUCAUUCCUUAUUUUAUAUUUUCAUUACAUAAAUUGAUUAGUUUAAAUUCACUAAAUAGCACUAUAUUACUAAAUCUCAUAUUUUUUCAGCUUUUAACUGUUUAUCUUUUGAUAGCAGCCAUUUUUUACUGUUAUGCAUUUCUAGACAAGUAGAUUCAUAUAUAUUUUUCAGAAAAAAUGAAUGUUCAAGGUUGAAAGACCUUCCUUGUAAGUAUAAUUAUUUAUAUAUACAAUGAAAGCACUAUUCAUUAUCAUCCUCAAUAAAUUUAUUAUUUGUCAUAUGUAUUUUUAAAAGAAAAGAAAAGGAGCUUUCCGUAUUCCGUAAAAGAAUCGUAUUUAUAAAUAAAUACGAUUCUUUUUAAUCAUAUAAAUUGGGCACAAUAUGGAAAAAAAAUUAGAACAACAUUGUGAUGCAAAUAAUGCACAUUAAGUUGAUGCAUAUGAAUAUGGUAGAAAAAUGAAUUUGUUCUGUAGGAAUAUUUAUUUAAAAAAUUUAUUUAUUUCAAAAAUUUUAAAUAAAAGCAUUUUUGGAAUUUGAAAAAUUGUUUUAUAAAUUUCUACUUUCUUUUUAAUUUACCUACUGCAAACGAAUUAGGAAAAAAUUCCCCUGUUUUAAUAAAAUUCCAAUAAAGAACAAUUAUAAAUAGAAAGUUAUACUGUAUUACAUCAAGUAAUUGACAUCUAGUAUGUCAGUUAAGUUAGUUUGAAAUUAGACUUCAUAUACAUAUAUUUAUUAAUUUUUUUCACUAAGAAUUUUAAUGCAUCCAACAGUACUUUUGUUAUCACAAUCAUUUUUAUCACUGUGCACAUGUUUACUUUUGAAGCAAAGUUUUCAAUUUGCUGUUAUUGGGAAUUUUCUGUUUUUACUUAACGAAAGUACAAGUGCCAUCCGUUAUCUUCAUCAUAGCAAAAAAUGUCUACUAUUUUAUUUCACAGUGGACUAUAAAAAAUUCAUAUUUAAUAUCAUCUGACAUCAAAGGAAUAUUUCAUUUCAUUCUGUAUAUCUAAAUCAUUUCAUUUAAUGCUAUCAUAUGUAAAAUUUCAUUGACACUUAUAUAUAAAUCAUUUUUACUCUUAGUGUCAUAUUUUACUUGUAUAUAUCACCCUGGAAACCGUGUCUAUGAAUCUGUGUGUAAAAAUAAAACAAAAACAUCAUUAGUUUGUCAGACAGUUGAGACCCAAAAUGUUAAAAUGAAACUAUAUUACUCUGUACAUUCUGUUAUUACUGUGAUUGUUUAUUACGAUCAUCCUUUUUUUUUUUUAUUUAAAAACUUUUAAGUCCUUUAGGAUUGGAUUUCAUUUUCUCCCUUAUGUAUAAUGUGUGUGUGUGCGUGGAGAAGGGGAUUAAAAUGCUUUUGCGAUUAAAUAUUAUUUUACAGCUUUGAGUUUUUCAUAGAGAAAACAAAAAUUGGUGUUUCCUGUCUACUCCAUUUUUCUCCUGCGUGACACCGUAGAGCUUUUUUAUUUAGUCUUCUUUAUUUAAAGAAAAGUGUAAUGCUUAUAAAUUAGAUGAAAAGGUGUGAACAAUUAUAAGUUGCACGAGUUUUAAAUCAGUAUGACAAACUGAUGGCAUGUCAGUGAGCUUCUUCAUGUCCAUCCAUUUUAAUGUAAUAUAAUGAUCUUGAAAAUGUUUUAAUUUUGAUGAAAAUAUACAUUCUGACCUUUACAGAAUUGAGUCCAACCUCUUUUCAAUAUCUGUCACUUCAGAUGCAUUGACUGUAAUUAGAAUGUGUAACCUAAGAGGUAAAUUUUCUGAAGCCAUGUAUUCAAUCAGCAUUUGAACAAACUGUUCAGUUAGUGAAAUUACGUCAGAAAUUUAUCCCUUAAAUUUUAUCUAUGCAAAAUAUGCCAGAUGGUGUGUAUACUGAAACUUGCUAUUCCAUUUUUUAUGAAUGAAAUAAUCUGUAAUGCUCCCUUUGGAUAGUAUUAAAGUUAAUUUUUCUUGAAUA